GGUAUUUUUGCUAGGAGAUAUGAUAAAGGAAGAAACUUACCAACUCAAUGAUCUGUGUUCUUCUUCAUGGAAUAAUGGAAUUUCUUUGUUUUCAGCCACAUCCAUCAAAUGCUGGGUGUGCCGCUCUGAUGCCGACCCCAGAUGUGUAGACCCUUUCGACAACACCACCAUUCCCAUCUUCGACUGUGAUACUGUCAGAUUGCCGCAUUAUGAGGGACUCAAAGCCACAAUGUGCAGGAAGAUACGACAAAAAGUGUACGGCAACUGGCGUUUCAUUCGCACGUGUGCCUUUCUCGGCAGCCCGGGUGAGGGAACUGGCAACGAGAAUUACUGUACAAUGAGGACAGGAACUUACAACGUCUUCAUGGAGACCUGCACUUGCAACAGCAAAGACGGAUGCAACGGUGCCAUGUCGCUUCGCGUGUCGUACGCUGCGACAUUCCUGACGGUCUUGUUGCUGCUCAAGUUAAAAUUCCAACAAGUUGGCUGAUGAUGAUGACCCGACUGUAGGAAGAAAAACAAAAGCUAAUUCCAUUGAUUCCGUCCAAAUAACACUCCACCUAUUUUGGCAAUUAUUUUUGUAAGCAUGUUCUUUUUUACGAAGGAAACUGUGAUUUAUAGAAUCUCAUUUAUCUGUUCAUGGAUUUCAUUUUGAAUCGUUGCAUCGUGUCAUCCAUUUGUAUACUAUUUGGCACAAGGACAUUGUUAUAUUAUGUCAUCGUUAAGAAAGGACGAUUUGUAUACGAAAGCAGUUGGUUGUGUUUAAAGCGAGUUCUUUGUUUUUAAACGACUGUUUACAUAUCUCGAUAAAUAUUAAUGUUAAUAUGC